AGAGAAUGGCUCAAGCGGAAGUAGCGUGAGGCUCGUGGGCGGUGCGGAACACAGCCAUGUCUGCGGCCCUGCUGCGGCGGGGCCUGGAGCUGCUCGCGGAGUCCGAGGCAGCCCCCCGGGCCGCGCCAGGCCAGCCCAAGCCCAGCAGGGCUCCGGUGAAGCGGACCCAGAAGGCGAAGGCGACACGGGCCCAGAAACUGCGGAACUCGGCCAAGGGAAAAGUGCCCAAGUCGGCUCUAGCUGAGUACCAGAAGCGAGAGUGUCGAGACCACCUCAGAGAAAACCUGAAGUUUAUGACCAGUGCGAGAAAUACAGUGGCUGAGUCUGUGACCCGGCAGAUUCUGCGCCAGAACCGGGGUCGCAAGGCCUGUGACCGGCCUGUGGCCAAGACUAAGAAGAAGAAGAAGGCCGAGGGCACCGUGUUCACCGAGGAAGACUUCCAGAAGUUCCAGCAGGAAUACUUCGGCAGCUAGGCUCCCUGGAGGGCACAGUGCAAGGGCCCAGCGCCUCUGCCCUGGCUGCGGCUGCGUGCCCGGCCCCGCGUGCCAUGCGCCACACGGCCAGCAGAGGGCGGUGCGGGGCCGGCCUGGCUCGAGGAGGCCCCGGAGCCGGGUGGAGGCUGGAGUGGAGCUGGCGAGGGGGACGUCCUGGGGAGGAUUUCCACUCACACCGGACCGGAGCGGACUUGUGCAGGCUUUGGGGGAGCCAUCUGCGCCUGCCAGAAAGGAACGUUUCUAACUGUUUUGUUUGCUUUUGCCCAGGUAGGGCCUCGGGGCUGUUUGCUGUGGAGCAAAGCCAGUCCCUGGGCCCUCGGGGGCCACACCUCCAGAAGCAGGAAGAAGGCUUCUGGGUGGUUUCCGGGUCCUAAUAAAUGUGGACCCAGGA